AGCCAGCCCGCCGCGCCCUGUCCCUUCCAGUGCUACUGCUUCGGCAGCCCCCAGCUGCUGUUGCGCUGCGCGUCGGGCGCAGAGCUCCGGCAGCCACCCCGGGACGUGCCGCCCGACGCGCGCAACCUCACCAUCGUGGGCGCCAACCUGACGGUGCUGCGCGCGGCCGCCUUCGCCGGCGAGGACGCGGAUGGGGAGGAGGGGGCGGCGGGCGGCGUGCGCCUACCGUUCCUGACGGCGCUGCGCCUCACGCACAACAACAUCGAGGUGGUGGAGGACGGCGCCUUCGACGGGCUGCCCAGUCUGGCGGCGCUCGACCUGAGCCAUAACCCGCUGCGCGCCCUGGGCGCCGGCGCUUUCCGCGGGCUGCGGGCGCUGAGCUCGCUGCAGCUCAACCACGCGCUGGUGCGGGGCGGCCCCGCGCUGCUGGCCGCGCUCAACGCCGCGCUCGCCCCGCUGGACGAGCUGCGCCUCCUGGGCCUGGCGGGCAACGCGCUGAGCCGCCUGCCGCCCGCCGCGCUGCUCCGGCCGCGCCUCGAGCAGCUGGACGCGCGCCUCAAUGCGCUGGCCGGCCUGGGCCCCGACGACCUGCGCGCUCUGGAGCGCGAUGGCGGCCUGCCCGCGCCGCGCUUGCUGCUGGCCGACAACCCCCUGCGCUGCGGCUGCGCCGCGCGCCCCCUGCUGGCCUGGCUGCGUAACGCCACGGAGCGCGUCCCCGACGCGCGGCGCCUGCGAUGCGCCUCCCCGAGGCAGCUGCAAGACCGGCCUUUCCUGGACCUGGACGAGGCGCGGCUGCGCUGCGCUGACCGCGACGCCGAAGAUGUAGAGCUCGCCGGCCCGGAGCUGGAAGCCUCCUAUGUCUUCUUCGGGCUGGUGCUGGCGCUCAUCGGCCUCAUCUUCUUAAUGGUGCUCUACCUGAACCGCCGGGGCAUCCAGCGCUGGAUGCGCAACUUGCGCGAGGCCUGCCGGGACCAGAUGGAGGGCUACCACUACCGCUACGAACAGGACGCUGACCCGCGCCGCGUGCCAGUCCCAGCCGCCCCCGCCGGCUCCCGAGCCACUUCCCCGAGCUCGGGACUCUGAGCUUCACUUGUUGGGGGUGCCCCUGCCAACUGAUGACUUUACUGGGGCCACCUGGCCCGAAGGAGUGGGUAUGAGACACUUGCGAGCUUGAGGCUUUUGAGACCUGUCCCUGACCUGCCUGAAACCUUUGGAUUCUGGCAUCACCACCCCCUUCCCUCCCACACCCAUGGAAACCCCAAGCUGUACCCCUCUUCCCAGCCUCUGAGAGCUCUUACCAUCAAAGACCCAGAGAUGCCCUUCUGAUUCCAGAAGCCCUACCCACUCAUCCCAGGCUCCAGACCCAGCAACCUCCCUCCCCCUUUUAAGACGCACCCAGACACCUUCUCCUAAAAUCCCAAAGCCCUGAGAUUGCUUCCACCACCCUCGUCUUUGAGCCCUGACCUUUCAGUGGGAAACAUCACCCUAGACUUCAAGGACCCCCAUCUCCAGCUUGGAGCCCUCAGUUCCCUUCCCAGAGCUGGGGCCCUCGCACCCCAUUCUGGUCUCAGAAGCAGAGCACUCCCACGGAAAGGCUUUGGUGGACUUGGAGCCUUUCUUCUCAUACCAGAGCUCUGAGCCCUCCGUCCUGCAUAGAGACCCACACCUCCGGGCUCUAAGGGUGGGGCACCCUCCCCCAAUCAGAGGCUGUAUUUCAUACCACCCACCACCUCACUCUGGCUCAGACCCCCAUUCCUUGGGGCUUGGGGCUCAGCUCCGUUGGUCUCUCCCACCCCAGGGAGGGGCACACCCUGUUACAGCCUUAGUGUGGAGCUGAUCUCUAGCCUUUCCCCCCAGAGCUCUGAUCCCCCCGUAUUCAGUGCUUGGCCCAAUCUCAAACUCUCAGCUCUUUACCCUGAUCUGAGUUUCAUCCCCCUGCCCAAGUCUUAGGCUCUCAAUUCCCCCACACACCCAUAGCUUGCACUCGGUACCAACUCCUGCCACUCACUAGGCCAGCGUCCAGUGAGGAAUCCAUCCCUGGCAUGUGCCCACUGGACACACCCUAAAUGAGCUCUCCAGCACUGCAAGACAGGAGCAGGUGCCCCAACCAUGCUAGCAGCUCCCCACGGGGAAAGGAGGGUCCUGGGGCUGUGAAGUCAGGCCUCAGAACCAGGGUCACCCACCCGCCGUGGCCUCAGAGAGGGGUCAGGACAGGGGCUCUGAAGGGCUGGGAGCCCAUAUGCUCUUUCCCAUCCAUCUAGCUCUUCUCCACUAAGGAUUCCUUGCUGCCACGCAACAUCCCCCACCCCUUCUGGAAGAGUAGGGGAGGUCUCACCUCCCAUCUCAGGCACAAGCCCUUCUGUUCAGGGUCAGAGCCUCGGCGCCCUGCCUUCUGCAUGAUCCCAAAGCACAAUCGGUGAGUGGGGAGGGGGCUGCCUCUCCCUGACUCCCACCCCCUUGGUCAGGCAGAACGGCUGGCCUGUGCUGCUGCCGCACACAGGAAGUCGCGCUCCUUCGGCAUACCGGCUUGAGGCCUGCCUUCCCACCCCUACCCAAGAAAUCUAGAAAUCCCUUGGGCCGUUUUCUAUAAAGUCUGCAAUAACCUCUGAUA